GAUGCCGUCCACACACGGGACCCACCUGCCUUCAGUAUGGACCUGAGAUGCCCGUUAGUAGCUUCAGCUCUCCUCCUGGGGGCCACAAUCACCGUCUCACUGGCUGACAGAACCUCACAGUGCAAAGUCAAAUGAUUAAAGCCUGGCAGAUCGGGGAAAGCUGUCUGUAUGCAGGAGAGAAGUGCUCGUACGAGCUUGUGUCCACAGCUCCGUACCUGAUCAAAGCCACGCACACGUCUCCGGCAACCAAGCAAGUCAACGACUUCCAGUUUCUUCUCGAGCAGUCCACCGUUUGCAAGAUGACCGGAGAGGCAGCAUCUGAGUUCCAGAAACACAAACUACUGCAGCCUCCAGAACCUGAUCAUCGGAAGUGACCUGUUCAGUGCUGAGGGAUACAACCAGUUCAACAACAAUUGGAUCUGUCCCGGGUUCGAUGCACCUUACUUUACACGGAGUCUGUCACUUCACGUGUGGCAUAAUAAGGCUGCAGAGAAAACUGGUUCCUAACAUAUUAAUCUUUCUGUUGUAUUCAUAUGGACCUCAUUAAGAUAUUUGUUAUAAAUUUAAAACAUAAUUACAAUUGAAAAUGAUUUGAUUCAAAUA